CCUCGGCCUCAACAUGGCUCCCUGCAUGAGAACUUUCCUGGAGAGGCUGCCAGUGAUCCUGCAGGAGCAGUACACCUAUGAGAAGCCCCAUGUUGUCUGCGGGGAGCAGCUGGUUCACAGCCCCUAUAUGCAAUGCCUUGCCUCCCUGGCAGUGGGCCUCCACCUGGACCAGCUCCUGUGCCGCCCUCCUGUGCCCCCUCACCUGCGUCAUUGUCCACCAGAGUCUGGCACUGCAGUGUGGAGUGCCAGUGAGUGGGCGUGGCUCGACUGUUUCUCCACAACAGUGAAAGCAGCUGAGGCCCUUGCUCAAGGAGCCACCUUCACCGAAUCCUUCAGCGUUCCAGACCUGGAGCUAGUGCCCAAAGAGGACGUGGCUCUGGUCAUGGACAACAGCAAAUGGGCAUCUGGUAUGGAUGAGCAAGUCAUGUCCUGGGCCAUCUCUCGACCUGAGGACUGGCACCUGGGGGGGAAGUGUGAUGUUUUUCUGUGGGGUGCAGGACGACAUGGUCAGCUGUCCGAGGCUGGCAGAAACAUCCUGGUGCCUGCCACUGCCCCAUCCUUCUCCCAGGCUCAACAGAGGAACUCCAGAAGAACUCCGAGGAACUCCAGCCAAACUCCAUCAGAACCAGAAGAACUAACUGAACUCAGGGAACUCCAGAAGAACUCCGAGGAACUACAGCUGAACUCCAUCAGAACUAGAAGAACUAACGGAACUUAG